CUGAAACAUGAGACAGCCAUCUCCCUUCCUUUGGGAGCAGGGAUCUGUUUUUUCCUUUGCUGUUUGAUAUGCAGCUAGAGUAGUCUGGCUUGGAUGAUCUGCAAGCUCCUUUGACUAGUAGUGCUGUUGUGAUACGAAGGGCUGCCCUAGACUGACCCCUUCAAACAGCCAGUGAUAAGAAAUAUUCCGCUUGUUCAAUUGUGCUUUAAGUAGUAUGACAGCUGGAAGAUCGAUUUCGGACAUGGCUGUUUAUAACAAAUUCAAGAGAAGCCUUCUGAUGAUAUUGCGACGAUGGACAGCACUGUCUAGUUUGUUGGUUAUCGGUAGACUAGGGGUUACCUUUGGGCGGUCAUGCUGGUCGGCCCCAAAACGUGGCGGCCACGAGAUGCUGCUCACUGCUUACAUGGACACCACCUCAGGAACAAAGAAUGGAAGAAUUCGGGAAAGUGACUGGUCAGAACCAAGCCUUGGAAGAUAUUCCAGAAGGAGCAGGUUUAUACUGUCAUCGAAUGAUGGGUUGACAGGUCAGCGGUGGCUUGUCGGCUCAGUCGUACUUUGAGAUCAGUCUUAUGUACUCCGUACGAGACUUUUAAUAUUAGUACCCAGUUAAGCAUAGUAGCAA